CAUUCGUUCCAAAUGGCUACUACAAUUAGAAACUUAAAAAUUUUAAAGUCCUAAGUAACAUAAAAACUGAAUAAGUUCAUAAAACAUAUGCAACAAAUUUGAUGAAAAAAAAACGUGUUAUAUUUUCAAAAAUUUCAAUAAAACCAGCGAUGGGCUAUCAUGCCAGCGGUGAUGUUAAAAAAACGGUGUAUAGUUCGGAAAACGAUGAAGGUUAUGAAAAUCAAUCAUUUUAUUCUGCAGUAUCUUUCGGGAUACUGACUCGAUCGGAGAUUGGAAAUAACUCGUAUUUUCCAUGCGGAGAGAAAUCUGCGGAAACAAGUAAAAAUAAUUAAUUAAGGAUACUCUAGAAAUCGCUGGGAAAAUCUAUAAUUAUGAGUUAUUUUAUAAUCAAUGAGCGAGGAAAAAAUCAAUACGAGAAUCUCGGCGAAGUUCGUACUCACACCACGUUAUGCCCUGUUUUUAGCUUACUUAUACUGGGAUUUUGUAUGAUAUUUUUAAUACUGUCAGCAUGGAAUUUGAACAGUGCGAUCAACGAAACAAAUACUAUCCACGUGUAUUACUUGAAUUUAAAACGUUCACCUUUGCAUAUCGUGUCGAAGAGAUUUUUAUCUUUUGGUCUCGAUACGUCUUUAUUGCGUGAUAUGAAAAAUCUUCCAAUUGAAAAUGAAAAAUUUAUUAAUUUAGCGCGACACUUAGCACCCGCUUACGUUCGAGUAGGUGGUACAUCUUCGGACUGCCUCUUUUUUAAUCAGACGAUACAAAUAAGUAACGAAAAACUAAUUAAUCCUGUGGAUGGCGAAGAUAUAAGUAACUUUACAAUCACCGACGUAGAUUUUGAAAAUUUAUAUAAUUUCUCAUCGAAAUCAAAAUUACGCAUGAUUUUCGACUUAAACGUAUUAAUUAGAGACGCUAACAAUUCGUGGAAUAACACUAACGCCAAGAAUAUAAUUUCAUUUGCCAAAGAGAAGCACAUGAAGUUAGAUUGGCAAUUAGGAAAUGAACCAAAUUCAUUCCAUCAUGUGUUUGACAGAAGUGUAAAUGCAACACAACUUGCAAGUGAUUAUUAUCAAUUAAGAGAGCUAUUAAACCAACAAGGAUACAAUGAUAGUAUCCUUGUUGGUCCAGAAGUGAAUCAUAUAGGAGAUAAAAAUCGUAUGGGAGAAAAUUACACAGAAACGUUUUUGAAAAAUGAUAAAGACAGUGUAAACUAUGUUACUUGGCAUCAAUACUAUCUUAAUGGGAGAGAAGCACAAAUUGCUGAUUUUAUUAAUGUUUCCACGUUCAAUUAUCUGCCAAUGCAAAUCGAAUCUGUGAACCAGGCUAUCAAAGCAUCUGAGAAGGAUAUUCUUAUGUGGUUAUCGGAAACUAGUACAGCUUUUGGCGGAGGUGCACCAAAAUUAUCAGACAGAUUUGUGGCUGGGUUUUUAUGGCUUGAUAAAUUAGGAUAUAGUGCUAGUACUGGAGUAAAUGUUGUCACAAGACAGUCAUUAUUUGGUGGUAAUUAUGCUAUGGUAGGUCCAGAUCUUAAACCAAAUCCAGACUGGUGGGUUAGUGUAGUGUAUAAACACUUUGUAUCAGAGAAAGUUUUAAAAUUAAGCUCAUCCAAAAAUAAUAAUGGUGGUGUACGAUUCUAUGCUCAUUGCACUCCUAAAAAAGCACUAAUUAACAGAGUUUCUGCAAUUACGAUAUAUGGAAUCAAUAUAAAUGAAGUUCCUAUUCGAUUAACCAUUCAUGGAAUUCUUCCUAUACUCCAUAAAGGUGCAAAACUCUUUGUGUAUGCACUUACUUCUGAUAAUCUGCAAUCCAGAAUUAUAAAGAUGAAUGGUAAGAUAUUAGAAUUACAACCUAAUGGAAAUUUACCAUCAUUUUGGCCUAUGAUAUUAGAACCCACACAGGUGAUUAUCCUACCACCAUAUUCCAUGGUAUUCAUGGUAAUACACGGAGCAGAGGUUGCAGCAUGUAAAACAUAGGUAUUAUAUUAUAAAUCAACAGAAUUAUACACAAUUCUAUAUUGUACAUUUUUUAUAUAUUAAAAGUUUAUAAUAUGGUCUCAUAACAUUUUUAAAAUUUAUUACUAAGAAUGAAAGAAAUUGAUGAAAUCAACAUAGGAAAUACAGAAUUCAACGAUUCUUUGAGACAUUAUGUAUACAUGUAUGCAAGUAUUUGUAUGUAUCUACAAAUAUAUAUAUACGUUAUAUAUGUGUAUAUUUGGGUAACUAAUUUUUAUCAUCAACACGCAGCACUCUACAACACACGAAAGUUUACAUACGAAUUUUUGUUAGAAACUUCAAGUUCUUUCAAUCAAUUAUCAAUAUAUUACAAGACAGUUUUAUUACUGAAAGGUACAAUAAUGAAAUGAAUUAUAAUUUAACCGUCUUGUUAUAAACAUUAUGACGUAAGAGUAUUAUUAUGCAUAACAAAUAUACAAAUACUGAAACAAAUACAUCAUAUUAGAUAAUUGGAAUGCUUAAAUUUAUCUUUUCAUAGUAAAACAUUACAUCAGAUUGAAAUAAGAACUGCAACUGAGCUUAAAAAAAUCAAUGUUUUCAGAGUAAGUCACCAAUGGCUCUUAUUGAUUAUUAUAUAUGUAUGACACAUGAGCAUGGAACUGACAAUCUAACAAUUUAUUGGGCCAUUACUACUUAUGUUAUAUAUUUACAUAAGAACAUUUGUUUUACUAACUUCAAUGUAAUAUAUCACUCUUGAGCCGAAAUUGUGAUUGUUUUCCCCUUAGGAUCAUCGAAUCUAUCCAUAGUACGAAUAUCCAUGAUCAUGGUAAGACCCCACAUCAUAAUUAUACCUAAUAUGGUAGUAACAAAUAUUCCUGUCCAAAUUGGAAUUGUAGUGAAUCCGACGCAAUCGUAUGCAUCGCUAAAUAUUGGUUCUCUAGCUUGAUCUUUAUCAGGAAAUACUUGCACUUGUAGAUCUUGAAUUACUAGGGAAUAAUUAUCUCCUUUUUCAAAGGUAACAUUUCUUGAACAAUGAUAAGAGAAUGUAUUUGGAAAGACAAUAUCCAUGUUCGUUGUUAAGCUAUUAUUAAUACUAGUUUUUGUGUUAUUCUGGUAAUUAACUGUUUUAAGAGUAUAAUAGCCCUCAGUCUUACUUUCAAAUUUAAAAGAAAGUGUAAGUUUAUCUAUUGGUGCUUUAUGCUCAUCCAUUUCUGAACCUGUCCAGCUCAAGUGCAACAACAAUUCAUUCCCAUUUUCAGUUUCAGUUGCUGUGCACUUUUUCGAAAGCACCAGAGCAUUAUUUUCUUCUGGAAUCUGCAACAUGUAUUAAUGUAUAUACAUACACUAUAGAGUUAUAUUAAAUUAUUCUUUAAAAAUAUAAUAUUUUUGUUUUAGAAUUACCUUCAUUAACAAACGUUGACUAGAAUACAGAAGUACUCUAUCCGAUUGUACAACAAACGAAUCAUCGUCUUCGGCAACAUCUCUUUUAACACGUUCGGACUGUCUAUAACUACACAAUCUUCCCGUGAGAAUAGCAGUUAAGUUAGGAUUAGAUUCCUUCAAUGUUUCAUACGUCUGUGGAACAGUAUCUAAAUUGCUAAUUGUCAUAACUGACAACUGCCCCUCGGAUAUCGAAUCUGUGUAAUCAGUGUAAGUUGUAUUAUAAAAAGGUAAAUCCUCAAUAACGUUAACUGCCGUUUCGACUGCGGGAAAAUAAUAAACUGAAUCGCCAGUGAUGGUCGGUUGAAGAUGCUGAAAUAUACAAGGUUGCCUUGUGUUGUUAUUCGAAUCAUUCAAAUUUGCAGCCAUCAAAAAAUUGUCAAAGACAUCGAGUACACUAACCUGUUUGUGCUUCUUCAAAUCCUCGACGCACAGAUUCUGUUUCACGUAAAGGAGAACAGGAGGCAAGCCUUCCAGUUUCUCAUGCAGGAACGACUCGAAUUCUUUGCGAAUUGUCUUCAAAAACGGAUUUAUUGAAUGCCUCCCCGAAUCCGAAUCGGAGCCUGCACCGCCCCAUAUUAAUACGGGCACCGCGUUAUUGGCGUACAACGGUGAAAUUUGAGAGACGACGGCUAAUACAAAGGUAAAAAUAAAACCACUACGAAACCGUGUCAUGAUGCUUCAGAUGAAAAAGAUUUUGGGCGAGUCAGAACGUCUACUGACCAAACUA